AUGGCACCUUCACGCCCAGUGGCGAAAUCUCGCAUUUCCUUCACUCAUGUCCUCCUCGUCCGCCUCGUUAACGCACUAAGCAUCGCCACUUUCUUCCAACCCGACGAGUAUUUCCAGUCGCUCGAGCCGGCAUGGAAUCUUGCUUUUGGCUCCGAAAGCGGCGCCUGGCUCACUUGGGAAUGGCACUACCAACUGCGUUCCUCGCUGCAUCCCAUGCUCUUUGCCAUUCCGUAUUGGCUGGUUCAUCACGCAGCACAGCUUCUGGAACCAUUGGGGUUUCCUAUCACCUUGCGCUCGAACAUGCUCAUUGCCUCUCCGGCUAUUUUGCAGGGGGUCAUCGCUGCAUUAGGGGACUGGUACACCUUCAAGCUCGCUUCAAACAUAUACGGCCAGGACAGCCUGAAUGCCAACGUCGCAUGGUACUGCGCAUCGCGCACCUUUUCCAAUUCUCUGGAAACCACCCUCACCAUCAUGGCACUCAGCUAUUGGCCGUGGCCACUUCUAGGCGCUGCCACAACGACAAAGGAGAACCCAAAGCUUGCUGAUCCGCUCAAACAAACCGGAACCCUCGGCCGCCUCCGCGUCUGUCUAUGCCUGGCUGCACUAGCCAUUGUGCUACGGCCAACUAAUCUGCUCAUAUGGCUCACCAUCGCAGGCCUCACCGUAACGCGCCUGUCAUUUCGCGGCGCUUCACCAUUCGGCAUAUCCACAAUUGCCGUGCUUGUACGCGAGGCAAUUCUAUGCGGCACCUUCAUCUUGAGUCUGUCAUUGGUAGCCGAUCGGGUCUACUUUGGAUUCUGGACGCUGCCAGCACAAAACUGGCUCUACUUCAACAUUACCAAGUCACUUGCCGUUUUCUAUGGUCAGAACCCAUGGCAUUACUAUCUUCUUCAGGGCAUCCCCCUACUCUGUACCACGAUAUUACCAUUUGUUUUGCCUGCCCUCCUUCGACCCCAGACAAACGGCACCGCGGAGCUCGAAAACACGCACCGUGCGCUAGCUGCAGCCGUCAUUGUCACGGUCACGACACUGUCGCUCAUCUCGCACAAAGAGGUCCGCUUCAUCUACCCUCUGCUGCCCAUUUUCUCCAUCCUAGCGACUCCUCGUGUCACGUCAUUUUUCACAUCAGCCCCACAAUCAACCACGGCCACGCAGACAACCUCCAGGCGCCAGGUCCGCAACAAGAGGUACCUCAUGGCGGGCCUCGCUUUGAAUGGCUUGCUGGCUGGUUACCUCUCCUACUUCCACCAAGGUGCUCCCAUUCAAGUACUCUCGUUUCUCCGCGAGGACUUCGAGCGCAUCCAUGCCACCUCCGGGGUGUCGCAGUCCCACGAAAAGAAAGAGCUGUUUGCCCUCUUUCUGAUGCCAUGCCACUCUACACCGUGGCGUUCACACCUGGUGCAUCCGGAUCUGCACGUGUACGCGCUGAGUUGCGAUCCGCCGCUGAACACAAGCCCCAAUACCGUUGAGAGAGAAACAUACCGCGACGAGGCGGACCGCUUCUAUGACGACCCCGUUGGCUUCUUGAGCCGCGAGCUGUUCUCAGCUACGCCUCAGCUACCGCCGUCAUCUGUUCCUGGGGGUCGUAGCCCGGCGGCGGUGCCUGGCCUUCUGAACCCACCGCGGUACAUUGUCGGCUUUGAAGGUGCAGAAGAGUACCUGGCGCAAUUUCUCACCACGACCGAGGAGGGAAAGGGAAUGGGUCUGAGGCUGCGACCCGUGUGGAGAGGCUUUAACGGGCUGUUUCAUGAGGAUUGGCGCCGCGCCGGAAAUAUUGUAGUCUGGGACACUGGUGUUUUUCAGAAUGCACCUCCUCGUAGGAAUCAAUCGUCGAAGGCUUCUGUGCUUCAUACCCACCCACGUGCAGCUCGGGCCUGCCAGAUGGCCAAGGUAGUCCUGGUUCAGCAAACAAACGUCCACAGCAAUGCGCAUAGUGUCGACAGAGAACAUAGCCCAUGGAAGACCGCAGGCCAGCCGCUCGUUUCCGCGUUUGGUUGGCUCCCCAGCGCCGCCAAGGCGCCCACAUAUAGCCAGACCACGGUGAAAAAGUACAUUAGGAAGCGGACUAUUCAUCGCAGAAAAAGAAUUAGCUAUCUUCGUGUUUCAAAGGCUGCGUACAAUCGAGAAAACCCCUGCUGA